AUGGCCGCCGCCGAUGCUGAGCAGGCAGUUCCAGCCAAGGGGGAAACUAAACAGGAUUGCUGCAUGAAAACUGAGCUGGUGAGAGAAGAUAUUCUUAUGGCUGCUGAUGAAGGUCUUGCUCAGAAACCAGUGGGAGAAACUCCCAUGGCUGCAGAUGGGGAGACCAAUGGGGCCUGUGAAAAGAGCGGUGACACCAGCCACAUGGAUGGAGCCAAACUCACUCAGCAGAGCACCAGAUCCAGCCCCCAGGAAGGUGGCCACAGAGCAGCCCGGAUAGCGGAGAAUGGGGUUUCGGAAAGAGACGUAGAAGUAGGGAAGCAGAAUCAUGUCGCUGCUAAUGACUUCGUUCAGACAUCAGUCAUUGGUAGCAGUGGAUACUUCUUAAGCAAAUCUGCUCUCCAGGGGCAGCCUUCAAGGACUCCAAGUACCCUAGCCUCCUCGCUUCCUGGCCAUGCUGCAAAGACCCUGCCUGGGGUGGCUGGUAGAGGCAGGACUCCAAGUGCACUUCCUCAGGCACCAGCCGCAGCACCAUUGCCUGGGCCUGGGGGAGCAGAUGGAGAGGACCAGAAACCUGCAGCUUCUGGCACUGAUGUCAAGGUUCACAGGGCACGCAAGACCAUGCCGAAGUCCAUUUUAGGCCUGCAUGCAGCCAGCAAGGACUCCAGAGAAGUUCGGGAAGCGAGAGACCAUAAGGAACCAAAAGAAGAGAUCGAUAGGAACGUUUCUGAUUAUGGACGACAACAGCUUUUACCCCCUUUCCCGUCCCUUCACCAGUCGCUACCUCAGAAUCAAUGCUACAUGGCCACCAGGAAGUCACAGACAGCUUGCUUGCCUUUUGUUUUAGCAGCUGAAGUAUCUCGGAAGAAAAAACGAAGAAUGGGAACCUAUAGCCUGGUUCCUAAGAAAAAGACCAAAGUGUUAAAGCAGAGGAUGGUGAUUGAGAUGUUUAAGAGUUUAACUCAUUCCACCGUGGGCUCCAAGAGUGAGAAGGCCUUGGGUGACAGCACUCUUCACGUGAACGGGGAGAGCUUGGAGAUGGACUCAGACGAAGAUGAGUCAGAUGAGCUUGAGGAGGAUGAGGACCAUGACCACGGAGCUGAACAGGCUGCUGUGUUUCCCACGGAGGACAGCAGGACCUCUAAAGAGAGCAUGUCCGAGACUGACCGUGCCCCAAAGAUGGAUGGUGAGUCAGAGGAAGAACAGGAAUCUGCUGACACUGGAGAGGACAAGGAUGGUGGAGACGAGUCUGACCUGAGUUCUGAAUCCAGCACCAAGAAGAAAUUUCUCAAGAGAAGAGGGAAGGCUGACAGCCCUUGGAUCAAGCCAGCUCGAAAAAGGAGGCAGAGGAGUAGAAAAAAGCCAAAUGGUACACUAGGUACCGAGGCCUGUAAGUUGUCACCAGGAAACACCGAGCAGAUGGCUCCAGAUGACAGCUCUGGAUAUAUGGAAGUCUCUCUGGACUCACUGGAUCUCCAUGUCAAAGGGAUUUUGUCCUCCCAGGCAGAAGGGCUGGCCAAUGGUCCAGACAUGCUGGAGACAGAUGGCCUCCAGGAAGUACCUCUCUGCAGCUGCCAGAUGGAAACCCUGAAGAGCUGUGAGAUUACCACCCUGGCCAACAACCAAUGCAUGGCCACCGAGAGCAUGGACCAUGAAGCUGGAGCCAAUAUUGAUACCUGCUCGAAAGACCAGUGGACUCCACUGAUGGAGGCUGCAGAGAACAACCAUUUGGAUGCAGUGAAGUACCUCAUCAAGGCUGGGGCACAGGUGGACCCCAAGGAUGCAGAGGGCUCCACCUGUUUGCACUUGGCUGCCAAGAAAGGCCACUACGAUGUGGUUCAGUAUCUGCUGUCCAAUGGACAGACGGAUGUCAACUGCCAGGAUGAUGGCAGUUGGACACCGAUGAUCUGGGCCACUGAGUACAAGCAUGUGGAGCUUAUGAAGCUGCUGCUAUCCAAGGGCUCCGACAUCAACAUCCGGGAUAAUGAGGAGAACAUUUGUCUGCACUGGGCAGCCAUUUCAGGCUGUGUGGACAUAGCAGAGAUUCUGCUAGCCGCCAAGUAUGACCUGCAUGCUGUGAACAUCCAUGGGGACUCACCCCUACACAUUGCCACCCGGGAGAACCACAACUGUGUUGUCCUCUUUCUUUCUCAGGAUUCAGAUGUCACCUUAAAAAUCAAGGAAGGAGAGACACCUCUGCAGUGUGCUAGCCUCAACUCCCAGGUGUGGAGUGCCCUGCAGGUGAGCAAGGCGCUGCAAGACUCAGCCCCUGACAAGCCUGCUGCGGUGGAGAAGAUUGUGAGCAGAGACAUUGCACGAGGCUAUGAGCGCGUCCCCAUCCCCUGUGUCAACGCAGUGGACAGUGAGCCAUGCCCCAGCAACUACAAGUACGUGUCUCAGAACUGUGUGACGUCUCCCAUGAACAUCGACAGGAACAUCACCCAUCUACAGUACUGCGUGUGCACAGAUGACUGCUCCUCCAGCACCUGCAUGUAUGGCCAGCUCAGCACGCGCUGCUGGUACGAUAAGGAUGGCCGGCUCCUGCCCAAAUUCAACAUGGCAGAGCCUCCCCUGAUCUUCGAGUGCAACCAUGCCUGCUCCUGCUGGAGGAACUGUCGGAAUCCUGUCGUGCAGAAUGGGCUCAGGGCAAGGCUGCAGCUCUAUCGGACACAGGAUGUGGGCUGGGGUGUGCAAACCCUACAGGACAUCCCCAUGGGCACCUUCGUCUGCGAGUAUGUUGGAGAGCUGAUCUCUGACUCAGAAGCUGACGUUAGGGAAGAAGACUCUUAUCUCUUUGACCUUGAUAAUAAGGAUGGAGAGGUGUACUGCAUCGAUGCACACUUCUAUGGUGAUGUCAGCCGCUUCAUCAACCACCACUGCGAGCCCAACCUCGUGCCGGUGCGUGUGUUCAUGUCCCACCAGGACCUAUGGUUCCCCCGGAGUGCCUUCUUCAGCACCCGCCUGAUCCAUGCCGGAGAACAGCUGGGGUUCGACUACGGGGAGCACUUCUGGGACAUUAAAGGCAAGCUCUUCAGCUGCCGCUGUGGCUCCUCCAAGUGCCGGCACUCAAGUGCAGCCCUGGCACAGCGGCAGGCCAGCGCAGCUCAGGAGGCCCAGGAGCAUGGCCUGCCAGACACCAGCUCUGCAGCUGCUGCUGACCCACUAUGAGGUGCAGAGGGGCUGGGAGGGCCUGCCAACCAUGACUUAGAGGAGGUUCUGUCCGGAAUAUCUUCAGGGUCCCGCAGAGACCAGGGAGCGGACCCUUCCCAGGAGUGUCCGUUCUGAGGCCUCACACAAGCCCAGCACGGGGCUGGAGUGCACUCUGGCCCACAUGCACCUCAGUGACCCUGGGACUCCAUGGGGUGACCUUGUGGGCUUUGACAGUAGUCUUGUCCUUGCGAUGGUUCUCAUUUCCUCCUCUGGUCUCAGAAGUUCUCGCCCCACUACUUUGUUUGUUUGUUCUCCUGCCCGGCCCAACACCCGUGUGGCUCCCGCUGCAGCUGCUCCAUGAGACCAGUGCCUCCUGUGGGGCUGGGCAGCUCCAGGGCUGCACACAGGACAUGUCCACAGCCCCGAGUGGUCAGGGUGGCCCUGCCCUGGCUCUGGAGGAAACGUGGGCUUGCUCUUUAAUGAUGCCCUCUCUCUGUGUACCAAGCCCUGCUGGCAUUUCUGUGUGAGGGCUGGUGGGCAGGCAGACCCCACGCAGCCCCACCAGCUGCACCCAGGCUGGCAACUUUUGUUGAUUUUUAAGCCGCAUGCUAUGAUGAUGAAUAAACUGAUUUAUUUUCUACCAUUACUGAACAUUAGGACAAACAAAGAAUAAAAACAGAAAACACAGACAACGGUGCUGAAUCUGGUGUGGUUUCUACUCACCAUGUGAAAAUAAACUAUCAACUGUAAAAAGACCAAAGUGAUUUUAGAAUUAAAUGCAGGAAACACUUUUUUAAAAUGUUAGCCUUGUAGUGUGAAUAAAUUUGCUGUCACCUUUUGUGUGACAGUCUGGCAGAUCAUGUACUUUUUCGGCAUAUACCUUUCUAAAUACUGUAAUUAGUGCAGGGCAGUGGAGUUCUUUUCAUGUGACUCUUCUAAACAUUCAUAAUGCAGUUAUGUUUAUUUUUUCUGUUAAAAUGUUUUUGACGGUUUUAAGAGCAGUCUUUUGGCUCAGACCAUUUCCUGUUCU